AUGGCUCCUUUUCUUCAGGUUGAUCCCUUGUCCCGUUAUGGGAAAAAUAAGACUUUGAGGAAACUGCCACCCAUCAGCCCUGGAGCCCAAGAUGCUGAGUUUCCUGCACCACAGACCAAACUGGACUUACUGAAGUGUCAGUUCCAACAGAAGCUGGAGAGAGACAAACAGGUGAAGUUAAUGGCCAUCUAUAAGCAGCAGUAUCAGGAGGCGCUGUAUCGCCUCCGAAACACCUACCUCCUGGAAGCUCAUUCGGGUCCCUAUAAAAAGCCUGCAAACAACGAGCAUCCUUCAGCUGAUGUGACACUUAUACAAUCGCCACCCCCAGAGGAUCAGAAUUCAAUGUGGACACAAAUUGCACACAGUCCACAAGGGAAGCGGAGUGCUGGCAUUGACAGAUCUCAUCCUCUUAGGCCCAUUGAUCGGAGAAGCUCUGGUCUCAGUAACAUCUUAAACUUUGAAGAACAGUCUUCUGAUUGGAGGAGUUUCAUACCCCUGGACGCUCCCAUGUGGCCAGCUGUUACAUUCAGACCAUCUCCACCUAAAGAAUCCAGAGGGAAAUGUCAGUCCAGCAGAUCCCAUUUCAGGAGCAGAGAACGGUUUGUGGAACUGAGACCAGUGGAAGAUUCAACAUCUUCAGUCCAACUGAGGCAAAGGAGCAACCAAUGCAAUAUCUCAGCCGGUGCGAAGGAACAGGAACCCAGAGAAGUCCAAAAUAAUCAUCAAAAUGGCAGAUUGGACAUAGAAGUAGAGAUUUGUAAGAAGGAGAGUCUAAUCCAAGGAAGACUGAGGAAAAUCGAGGAAGAACUGAGACAAAUCCAGAUGCAAAGGGAUCAAGCAGAGGAAGAAGAGAUAGCAGCAAAGAACACCAGUGACAAAUCAUUCAAGAUGAAAACUAGCAGCCACUACAAGAGGGAAGAAGCGAAUGAAGAGAGCAGCUUUGAUGGAUGUUCCUCAGAGGAAUAUACUGAUCAUUCAAAUCCAUUCGCUGAUUAUAAAGAGAAUACAUGUGAAGCAAAGAAUGAUACAGAUGAUGAUACAGAGGACAGAGCACAUUAUGCUGACUCAUCACAGAAUGAGAGGACAGAGUGGACUGGACAUUAUUCUCCAGAGGAGAAAGCUCACUGCUCGUUCUGCGGCCGGAGGUUUGUUCUGGAUCGUCUCAACACACACACUGAAAUCUGUAAGAAAGUUUACAAACGCAAGAGGAAAGUCUACAAUUCUGCACAAAAGAGAGCAAAAGGAACUGAUUUGGAGAAUUACCAGUGCAGCCACAAAAUCACACCAGCUCCG